UUGACAUCUCGUACUAAUCCACUGCUCUCGCUCUUUCACCCGGAAGUGGUCAAACGCUCAUAUGGGCCUUUACAAUCACUAUUACCCUAAAAUCGAAACUUUUUGGACAUAAUAUGUGGUUAAAUAUUUAGAAGAAAUUAUCCCCAACGAAUGUACAAUGUCAGAUCGCAAACGAAGCCGAAAGCACCACGAGGACAGGCAUGAAAAAAAGAAACACAAGGAGUCAAAACAAGAUGAUGAAGGCAAAUACCAACACCAAACCAGAAAACUGAUUCAAGAGGUGCAGAAACUCAAGCACGUGGAGACUUUCUAUGAAAAUCCUCCUCCUGGGUUCAUUAAGGAAGAGGAUGACAGACCAGAGGACUGUAUCCCUGAUGACCCUGGUAAUGAGGACGCUAGGAGCUUUUUGGCUCACGCUCCCACUAAAGGACUGUGGAUGCCUCUGGGGAAAGAGGUGAAGGUCAUGCAGUGCUGGAGAUGUAAGAGGUACGGCCACAGAACGGGAGACAAAGAAUGUCCUUUCUUUAUCAAAGGCAACCAGAAACUGGAGCAGUUCAGAGUGGCGCAUGAGGAUCCUAUGUACGAUAUCAUCCGUGAAAACAAACGCAAUGAAAAAGAGACUAGGAUCCAGCAGUUGAGACAGAUGCUUGAAGACACCACCUCCGACUCUGACUCCACCUCGUCUUCCUCUGCCUCCUCCGAUCACACCCGGAAGAAGAAAAAAAAGAAAAAAGAGAAGAGGAAGAAAGAAAAGAAGAAACACGUGAAGAAAAAGAAGAAGCACAAGGCCAAGGCUGGCGAUGACUCGGACUCAGAUUAAAACAAGGCCAGUGGUCUGGGUGUCUCAGUGCUCAUCAUAGAAGCUCAUAAGGUCUGCAGUGGAUGCGUCAGCCCUAUCGAAUAUACACAGGAGACUUCCCAUCAGUUCCCCAGGCCAUCUUCAGAUCUGCUUAAUAAUGCAUGGAUGCAUUUAAUCCCCUCUGUUGCAUGGAAUGCUUAGGAUAUGUGCAUCUCUGACAGAUUUCCUAUAGCCGGUCCAUGCUUGUACAGAACACUUUCUGAAUGUAUGUUGAUUUACAUUUUGAGAAUGUGUCAUUGUGAAAUUAACUGAUGGGAGCUUAUGAUACAUGCCAUCUGCUGCUGUCAUGAACAGUGACAUUCAUAAGUGUCAUGUAAAUAAAUCAAUAACUAUGCCUUUU